CCCCUUUCGAUCCUAUCCCAUCUCUUCUCUAGCAGUCCCUGCUCGAAGUUGCGGUUAGGGUUAGGGUUAGGGUUUCCAGCCGCCGCCACGAAAUCUCUCGGGGAAAGGGGCGGGGGGUCGCUCCUGGAUGAUUGAAUCGAGCUCUGAAGUGAUGUUUGUGAUAAUGCUGUAUAUAUCUGCUGAGGCGCAAAGUGCAUGUUCUACUACUUUUGGCUUUUAUUCUUGCCCCUUGAUAUCAUUCUCUGAAUGGUAGCUCCAUGCACCAGGAUUUGAAGCUUGCGAACAAUAAUUUCCAUAAAAAUCCAUGGCGCCGAUACGCCGUCAAAAAGAGCUGAAUUACCAAAUUGGAGAGGUUACUGCAUUUGGGCAUUCGGAUAGAAUUUUAGAAGGGACUAUGGAUAGUAACAAUGAGCGUUUCAAACAGAAUGUUAGCCAUUUGAGUGUGGGUUACAAUUGCAGUAUCGCCUCGUCUAACAGCAGUUUAGGGGUUGCUAGGACAUGCUUUGACGAACCCCUUGUCAUUGGUGAUGUAGAAAACUCAACUUCGUUAGGGACGAGUUCCUCCUAUUCCUUAAAAGAUGCGAGACAGCUACAAAUUGCAUAUUCUUCAAUGAAUGCUUGUUCUUCUAGUCCUGUGGAGGAGAGCGAAGCAAUGAGAAAGUGGAAAGAGAUAAAGCAAAAUGGUUUCCUCACACAUCCAAAUGGAGGCGUACCUAUGCCAGAGCCACAACAUGGAAAACGAUCUAAAAGGAGAAAUAGGGGAAUUGAUCAGAAGAGAAAAAUGGAAUUAAUAAAAGCAGAAGAGGACUAUACGAAAAUGGAAAUAGUAAAAGUGAAACAAUGCAAUAGGGAAAUGGAAACAGAAAAUAGGGGAAAGGACUGUUUGAAAAUGAAAAUAGAAAAUGGCGGACAGGAGAACAGGAGAAUAGAAACAGCAAAGGGGGAACAGGACAAAAUGUUAAAAAAUGCUCCUUCAAGUGGAUUGCUUUCCCAAAUUAGUACUGGGAUCAUCCGCCGUGUCAAAAAUUAUGAAGAAGUACAUGCCAUUUUGGAGGAAAUAGUGUGUCUGAACAAGCCUGAUAGGCAAAGAAAAAAUGAAUCCGUUAAUACUGGAGAAAGUGGAGUUUAAGGAAACUUCCUGCUGAAGAAGUUGUCGGAAUCAACUUUUAGUAUCUAAAUGGGGCAUCUUUUCCUCCAUUUUGUUAAUAGAGAGGAAAGAGAAUCAUAUCUUAAAACUCUGGAGGGAGGUCUUAUACUGAAGGUGUUCACAGUUAAAAGCUGCUUCUCUAAGUAAUAAAACAUUUCCAUGGAUUUUGAUGAUAUCUUCAUGACCCAUAUAUGUGAGCUCAGUUUAUUGAUUGAUCUAAGUAGACCACUUAUAUACCUCCAGACUUGGAGCAGAGAGUCACAUAUAUAGAGAAGGCUUAGCCAUGUUUGUUGGGCCAUGAUGGUACCGUCUAUGGUUACUUCGUCAGAUACUUCUGCUGAGGCAUGUGAUGGUGCCUCCAAGGAGCACAAAACAUUUUAUCUGAAUUUACAAAAGGUGAUCAGAUCCAGAAAACAGGAUAGUUUAGCAUAUGCAGGAAAGCUCAAGCAUACCAGAGAGGAUAUUAUUUUGGACAGAAAACUUUAGCUUAUACCUGGGUGUUUGCGAUUUUCAUACACCAAGUUCAGCGGUUGGUAUUAAGUGUCAAUGAAGAAGGACAUCAAAGGAGUCUUUCAACGCUUUGGUGCAGCAAGAGGAGUAAGCAGGAUGACUUUCAGCUGUCUCAUUUAGCUUCCAGAGGUGCUUCUGUGUAGAAACUGGCUGAACAUUUCUGUUUUGGAUGGAUAUCUCUAUAAGCUCUCUACAAUGCCCUAUGCGCAGAUGAGAGACUCUUUCUUCAGCAGUGCAGGAUUUUUAAAUACUUUGUACUGGGAAUAUAGACUAAGAGAUGUCAAGGAGAUGCAACUUCAGGUGAUUGCCUCUGUGGCCUUCUUUCAAGAAUGGCUUUUAAUUCAUCUGCAUUCAACUGAUCAUGCUGGAGUUGAAGGGCAGUAUCACUGGCUACAGCAAAUUGUUAUUAUUGCCUGUUUCAUUGCUACAGUUAUCGGUAUUGGACUACCGAAGAGUUUUAUAGUGAGCUUUGUGAGAUCAGUGAGCAUUGCUUUCCAGGGGGUCUGGUUCAUUGUGAUGGCGUUUGCUUUGUGGUCACCGGGGCUUAUUCCAAAAGGCUGCUUCUUGAAGCUUGAAGACGGGAGAGAUGUUGUCAGGUGUAAGGAUGAGGCGUCCCUCGAGAGAGCAAAGGCUUUGGCUAAUUUGGAGUUCAGUUGGAUUUUGGCUUUGAUGGUGGUUUUUUCCGUGGUUUUUUACCUGGUUUUGUUCAAGUGUUAUGAUGUUGAGGGGCAUGUGUAUGUUGGUUUGGGCAAGGAGGAUGAGGACUUGGAAUCUCAGAGGAAGUUUGGUGACGGGGUGUUGAAAUGUUAACGAGAAAUAAUACAUAAAAUUCAUGUUGUAUAUGAUAUUUGCUUGUGAUUGAA